AUCAGCCGAGCUAACAGGCUAACAGACUCCUGACAGUGGCCAUGGAUGUGAGCCGGUUUACACCGGGACGGCGACACUGUGUCCCCAGACAACGAUAACAACUGUCUACGGCGGCGACCCUCUUCUCCCCCUCGCUAUCUGCCUACUCUGUGUUUAAGUCCAUCGGGUUAUCUUGGUCGACUUUUGCCCUCUUUAUCCCCGCAGCGCCUACAUGCUAACUAGCUAGCCUGGUUAGCUAGCUAUAAAUCAGCGUCGCUCAAAACUAAAAAGCUAACAAACUAACCGCGGGACUGGACGGACGGAUAUGUGCAAUGGCAUCGGUUCGGGUGGCUGUCCGGGUCAGACCCAUGAACAGACGGGAGAAGGACUUGACUGCAAAAUGCAUCAUCAAGAUGGAAGGGACGAAAACCUCCAUCAUCAACCUGAAGACCCUCGAAGGCAUUGCAGGUGACCUGACGAGAGAGCGAACCAAGACCUUUACGUACGACUUCUCCUACGACUCCACGGACUGCAAGAGCUCCACGUACGUCUCCCAGGAAAAGGUUUUUAAAGAUUUGGGCGUGGAUGUGCUGAAGGCGGCGUUUGAGGGUUACAACGCCUGCGUCUUCGCCUACGGUCAGACCGGCUCUGGGAAGUCCUACACCAUGAUGGGGAAUCCAGGAGAUGCCGGUCUGAUCCCGAGGUUCUGUGAAAGUUUGUUCAGUCGUAUCUCCGCGGCGAGUCGAUGGGAUGAAGCGUCGUUCCGUACAGAAGUCAGCUACCUGGAGAUCUACAACGAGAGGGUGCGAGACCUGCUGAGGAGGAAAUCCACUCAGACCUACAACCUGAGAGUCAGGGAGCACCCAAAGGACGGACCGUACGUAGAAGAUCUGUCCAAACACCUGGUGCAGAACUACAGCGACGUGGAAGAGCUGAUGGAGGCGGGAAACAUCAACCGCACCACCGCCAGCACCGGCAUGAACGACGUCAGCAGCCGCUCGCACGCCAUCUUCACCAUCAACUUCACCCAGGCCAAGUUCGACGCAGAGAUGCCCAGCGAGACGCUCAGUAAGAUCCACCUGGUGGAUCUGGCCGGCAGCGAGCGGGCCGACGCCACCGGAGCAACGGGCGUCCGCCUGAAGGAGGGAGGGAACAUCAACAAGUCGCUGGUCACCCUGGGCAACGUCAUCUCCGCACUCGCUGACAUGACGCAGGACGGCGUGAACACCAACCUGAAGAAGAAGUCGGUGUUUGUUCCCUACAGAGACUCGGUGCUGACGUGGCUGCUCAAAGACAGCCUGGGCGGCAACUCCAAGACCAUCAUGAUCGCCACCGUUUCCCCCGCCGAUGUGAACUACGGCGAGACGCUCAGCACUCUGCGCUACGCUAACCGAGCCAAGAACAUCAUCAACAAACCCACCAUCAACGAGGACUGCAACGUCCGGCUGAUCAGAGAACUGCGGGCCGAAAUCGCCCGACUCAAAGCUCUGCUGAUUCAGGGCAACCAGAUUGCUCUCCUGGACUCGCCCACUGCUCUGAGUAUGGAGGAGAAACUGCACCAAAAUGAAGCCAGAGUCCUGGAGCUGACUAAAGAGUGGACCAACAAAUGGAACGAGACUCAGAACAUCCUCAAGGAGGAGACUCUGGCUCUGAGGAAAGAGGGGAUCGGCGUGGUGUUGGACUCGGAGCUGCCGCACCUCAUCGGCAUCGACGAUGACCUGCUCAGUACCGGCAUCAUCCUGUACCAUCUGAAGGAGGGACGGACAUACGUGGGAAGGGAGGAUGCCUCCACAGAGCAGGACAUCAUCCUGCACGGUCUGGACCUGGAGAGCGAACACUGCAUGUUUGAGAGCCAGAACGGCAAAGUGACUCUGGUGCCGCUCGGCAGAGCCCAGUGUUCAGUUAAUGGCGUUCAGGUGACGGAGCCGAUGCCGCUCAACCAAGGUGCUGUCAUUCUGCUCGGCAGGACCAACAUGUUUCGCUUCAACCAUCCGAAAGAGGCGGCCAAGCUGAGGGAGAAACGCAAGAGUGGCCUGCUCUCUACGUUCAGCCUCUCUAUGACCGAUCUGUCAAAGUCCUGUGAGAGCCUGUCCACUGUGAUGCUCUACAACCCCGGUCUCUUCACUGAGAAGGGCCCCGUCUUCCUCAGGUUGGAGUUUGAGAGACAGCAGCGAGAAGAGCUGGAGAAACUGGAGCUGAAAAGGAGGCUGAUAAACGAGAUGGAGGCGAAGCACCAGAGCGAGAAGGCGGAGCUGGAGCGCCUGCAGCAGGAGGUCGAGAGUCAGCGCAAGGAGUCGGAGGAGGUGCAGCAGCGGAUCCUCCAUCAGGAGGAGAGCCUGCGCCGCCGCAGCCAGGACAUCGAGAGCCGCCUGCGAGACUUCCUGGCCGAGAAGGAGCGCUUCGAGGAGGAGAGGCGCUCGGAGAUCCACGGCGAGGAAAUCCAGCAGCAGAAACGGGAGCGCGAAGGCGAAGCCGAAGAGAAGGAGCAGGACGCAGAGCAGCGGCGCCAGCAGGAUGCCGCGGAGCAGACGGAGAUCUACCGCGAGCUGGAGCGGCUGAAGAGGGAGCGCGAGGAGCAGAGGGUGCGUCUGGAGGCGGAGCGCCGGCGGCUGGAGGAGCAGGAGCGCGAGCAGCUGAGCCUGGUGGGCCGGCUGGAGGAGCAGCUGAGGGAGAAACACGAAGCGGCCUCCGCCCUGCUGACCCUGGAGGACGCGCGCCGCCUGGAGGAGGAGCGGCGAGCCCUGGCCGAGAUCAGGGAAGCGCUCCUGCGCGCCAAAGAGACCGCGGAGCGACCGGACGUGGAGGACGGCGGCGAGGAGGCGCGCUCCGCCCAGCUGCGAUACGCAAACUUCAAACAGGCACAGGUGAAGGAGCUCGGCGAGCUGGAGGAGGGGCUGCGGCAGCAGAGGGAGCGUCUGGAGAAGGAGGUCGCGGCCGAGCGUAGCGCUCUGCUGCACCUCACGCACGGACUCAAAGAGCGACACCAGCAGCUGAAGGAGACGCAGACCAAGGGGGCACAGGACGCCAACGCCGUCUGCCAGGAGGAGCAGCUGGUCAAACAGGCGGAGCACAGGCUGCAGCUCAAGGAGCGCCAGCUGGCCAGCGUGGCCGACGUUCUCCUCCCCACGCUGGCCGAGGAGAAGCAGAGAGCCGCGGAGGUGCUGGAGCGCGGCGGCAGCAACGGGAACUGCGGAGGCCCGCCGGGGCUGGACAACACGCUGUUCCAGGUGGAGAAGGAGCUGGAGGACAAGGAGGACAAGCUGAGCCUCCACCGGCUCGGCGCUCAGCAGCUGCAGCAGCUCCAGGAGACCUACGAGUUCACGGCCAACGUGGCGCGGCAGGAGGAGAAGGUGCGGAGGAAGGAGAAGGAGAUCCUGGAGUCGAAGGAGAAGCAGCAGAGGGAGGCCAUGGAGCAGGCCGUGGCCCGGCUGGAGAGGAGGCACUCGGCCCUGAGGCGCAGCGUCUCCCUGGAGCCCGACACCGAAGAGCAGAGACACAAGAGCUCCGCCGUCAGGAACCUGAGGAACGGGGGAGACCUGGACCAGCAGAGAGUUGAGCGGGAGAUCCAGAAGCUGAGACGAAGGAUCAGCGAAGGGGAGGAGAACAACAGGACUCACUCCGUCAAUAAUGAGGAGAAGACGAGUCGCAACAGCUCUCCGGUCAGCCACAUCCAGAGUCUGAACCCUCUGCUGCCGCUAUCUGACGACAGGAUAAAUGCGUACAUCGAAGAGGAAGUCCAGCGACGCUUACGCAAGAUGAAUCUUCUCAACGGCAGCAGCAGCAACAUGGAUCUGUCUCUGUCCUCUGAAUCUCUCAGGGACGAGGAAGAAGCUAGUGACUGUAGCUCUGUUAGAUUAACGGACGAGGAUGAUGAAAAGCUGCAAAACCUUAAUCCAAGGAAGCUUAAAUAUGAGAAAGCCUGCGGGUUGGAGUCUAGCUUCCUGCCUUCCCCGGAGCUUGCGGCAAACUCCCCUCCUCACAUCCAGGAAAUUUUUUUCGAAGAACCACAGAAAGACAUCUUAAAACUUCACAGAGAAGAAAAACUUGAAUCCACAGCUAAUGUCUUGGUUGAAACGAAGGAAGUGCAUUACGGAGAUGGCGACAAAAUCAAAUUGUGGCAAGAAGAAGCGAGUAUCCCUCUAGGAAGAGUGGGCCGAAUUGUUGGUGAAAUUGAACGUUGUACCAUUGGACAGCCUAAGUUUUGUGUCAGUCCAGCAAACACAGAAACCAAGAGAGUUGAUGAAAAUGAGAACAUCACUGAAAAAAGAAUAAACGAUUCUGGCUUCUGUGUUCCUGAUGAUGAUGAUGAAGUGAUUACAGAUCAAACGACAGAGCUGCGGGUAAAUGGACACUCUUAUUACUCAAAGGAGAAAGUCGAGCACCAAACAUGUGACACAGGGUUGGCGCAAGAUGUAGAAGUUCCCAAUGAUCAGACGUCAAAGUUGCAGAACUUUGUCAAUGACGAAGGCGAUUCCAAGCAGGACUCGAAGGAAUCAGUUAAUGGUCAAAUAGAGCAAGAGACGGACACAGAAACUGAGGAAGUGGCGGCCAAAAGAAGCUGUUCCAAGGAGGACCCGAAGGAAUCGGUUAGUCGCCAAAUGAAACAAGAGAUGGACUCAGAAACUGAGAAAGAGGCGGUCAAAGGGAGCUGUUCCAAGCAGGACUCGAAGGAAUCAGUUAAUGGUCAAAUAGAGCAAGAGACGGACUCAGAAACUGAGAAAGUGGCGGUCAAUGUUUUGGGAUAUUUUGCUGGAAAGCUGUCCGAAGUGUACAAAGGUGCCGGUAGAAGGCUACAAGGCACACAGGACAUAAUUCGAAAUGUGCGAGCCGGUGAAUUAAGGGUUGCGCUCUCUCAGUAUGUGACCAAGAUCUCUAAAGAGCUGCCACUGAUUCAUCAAAUGCAGCUUACACCGAAGCCAGAACCUUGCAUCCUUACUGAAAAUGAAGUCUGUCAGGUUGAUCAGUCGGGGGAUUUCACCCUUAUGGCCCCGGGCAUCUCAAGAUGGCCUGAAGGCUCUGUGUCAUCUCUCAAAGACGCAUGUCCCGAAGUGUUUAAUCAGGGGCUGGUCCAGCUGCCGUCAGCCUUGUCUCAGCUACAGUCACUUUCCUCCCAGAAGAUGCUAGAGAAGUUGGGAUCUGUGGCUCCUCAGAUGGAAGUUGACAAGCUUUUGAGUAUCUUCUGGCUCAAAACUGCCAACCGUAAGCAGCCAAUUCCUAAACCUGGGUGCUUGCUUUUGUCAGGAAAGGACAUAACAGUGCUGUCAACUGGUAAAACAAAUUCAGAAGACACCAUAGCUAUUUUUCACCACUUGAAUCUCCUGGAAAUCAAGGAGGUCCAGAUAAGUUUGGCCGGGCAGCACGUUCGCCUGAUUGGCUGCACCGAAGACACCGUUUUGGUAGUCUUUACCCACAGCAAAGAUCUUACCCAGGAGUUCUGCAAGUCUUUACUCAAGGUCCUUUCUCCGGAGAAGUUCUCUGAAGGGACCGAAGAUCACCCGUUACUCUCCGACGACCUAAUGGUCCUCUCGUUGGAUUGGACGUUGAGCGUUCCUGACAUCGUCCUGGCCAAUGGCGUUCACGUCACCUCCAGAUUCAAGCGUGUCCUCGCAGACCUGCUCUACAUCGUCCACGGGAACAUGGACGAUCCCGGCAAACCUACUCUGGCACACGUUCGCCCUCUGCUCUACACCAGCGUCAAGAUCAAGAACUCCACCGCGCCAGGACAGGACGCCAUUUUCCAGUUCCUCUUAACAGACACUCACGUGGCUCUUCUCCGGGAGGACGGAGUCUUUCACCCGGUGCCGCGCGGCUCCAGUCUGGUCCCUGCCCAGCCCCAGUUUCAGGCACUCAAACUCCGCAAGCGUUCAGACAUCCGAUGCGUGCUCGUGAGGGAGAGCGACAACUGCCUGGUGCUCGAGCUUAUGUUUACAACUUCCAAAUCACAAACUCGAGGGAAGAAGGUGCAUUUCAGGCUUGAAUCUGAGUUGCCCACCACCUUUGAUUCCAGUGAUUCCAGUUAUCUGUGCAAUUCCUGGAAGUUAUCUUUUGGUUGUACUUCAGAAGCUGUAAUCUUGGUCAAUCAUCUGUGUGGCUGAGUCAAACACCUGAACGCAUUUUCACCUUGAUUCAUUUACAAAUGCAGAAAUUAUCAGGCGGGCGCCUUAUUUGUUUAAGUACGUGUUGAACGAGUUUUUGCCAUUUGACGAAGAAAAAAAAAGACUUUAGAGAUAUUGUCUAAAGGUCCUAAAAGCAGUUUCACUUUGAUCCAUUCACAUAUGCAGCAUCCUUACUUGUGUCCAAAAGAAAGUAGGAAAGAAAGGGAAGAAGGAAUUUCGAAAAGAGAGAAAUUAUCAGGCGGCCGCUUUAUUUGUUUUAGGAUGCGUUAAAUAUGUUUCUGCCAUUUGACGGAGAAAAAUAGGAGUUCAGAGAUAGUGUCUGAAAAUGUGAUUAAUCAUUCUGCAAAGUAAAAAAUAUUUUUAAAAUAUUUUUUUUAAACAUUUUUAUAAACUUUUUGUGUUUUUGAUUCAGCCAUUUUGCCACAAAGUUCUGAAAAUGUUUUUUUGUGAGGAAGAAGCACAGACAAUGUUUAUGUAACUGUAAUUUCUUUAGUUUAUAUUUAGUAAUAAUGAAUGUGUUUCAACUUUUUGUCAUGUUGAUAGGUCUUGAUUCUUCUGGUUUGAUUUUUGGUCUUUUAUGGUUCAAAGGGAGGAUUUUGGUGUCACUAAAUUGCACAUUUAAUUGUUUGGUCUAAAGUAUUGCAGCUGCACUUUAAAAAAAUUAUAAUUAUGAUCUGAUGACUUGAACAAAAUUAGACUAUUUGUCAUAAUUACAUAGA